AUGUCGGACUCGGGAGUUUCAGUUUCACAAAAGGUGUUUGGUCUUACAACCCAACAAGAUAAGUUGUUGGCCACGACAGCUUUGAUCUCGACAAUUGCGCUAGCUUCUCUCGACUUCAAAACAGGCGGACAGAUGUUAGGCGGAAAGCAAACUGCACUAAAGCAACCAUCUCCACAACGAGUGUCGACGACAUUACCAAAGUCACCUUACCUCGUGGAGGCGGCUUCCAGGUCCUCUAUACGCAGUGUUACGUCAACAGCGUUCUUCUACCUCGCGUAUAAGGACUAUCAAGCUGCAGAGCUUCGUGCCGGGAAUUUGGAGGGAGUAAAGAGCUCAUCCUGGAGAUGGAAGGCAUGGGUUUUCUGCGGCGCAGUGGGUGUCGUGGUGCAAUCAUUGGGUCCAUUUCCGAGCGUUAUUUGGGACAGGGUCUACAGCCCGGACAUUGGUAUCAAGGGCCAGGUUGCGAGAUUGGGAAAAUUGACUAUGACAAAAGGGGGUAUUCUCAUGGCCACGGUACCGUUCUGUAUGAGCGCCUGGAACUCCAUGUGA